UCGCCGGGCGCGAGCGCACCUCCUCCGGGCGCAGCAGCAGCGGCGGCAGCGUGGACAUGUCCGACCCGGCGACACAGGCCCUACAACCCCGGCUCCUCCACCACCAAGCCCAGGGCGCCUCGGGGGGCUCGGCAGGGUCCACGGCAGCCGCUACUCCCUCCUCCGCAACCGGGAGCAGCGACCCAGCCAGGCCCGGCCUCAGCCAGCAGCAGCGGGCGAGCCAAAAGAAAGCCCAAGUGCGAGCUUUCCCACGGGCGAAAAAGCUCGAGAAACUUGGCGUCUUCUCUGCGUGCAAGGCUAACGAUACGUGCAAGUGCAAUGGAUGGAAAAACCCAAAUCCACCCACAGCCACUCGUAUGGACCUCCAGCAGCAAGCGGCCAGCCUGAGCGAGCCCUGCCGCAGCUGUGGACAUGCCUUGGCGGACCACGUUUCGCACUUGGAGAACGUAUCAGAGGAUGAGAUCAACAGACUACUGGGAAUGGUGGUGGAUGUGGAAAAUCUCUUUAUGUCAGUGCACAAAGAAGAGGAUACUGACACAAAACAAGUCUAUUUUUAUCUUUUCAAGUUGUUGAGAAAAUGCAUCUUACAAAUGAGCCAGCCAGUCGUAGAAGGAUCUUUGGGAAGUCCGCCCUUUGAGAAGCCAAACAUUGAACAGGGAGUGCUGAAUUUUGUGCAGUAUAAAUUCAGCCAUCUGGCGCCAAAGGAGAGGCAGACAAUGUUCGAGCUCUCCAAAAUGUUCCUCUUGUGCCUAAACUAUUGGAAACUGGAGACGCCGACUCAGUAUCGUCAGCGCACUCAGAAAGAAGAUGCUACGGCCUACAAAGUGGACUACACUAGGUGGCUCUGUUACUGCCACGUCCCACAGAGCAACGACAGUUUACCCCGUUAUGAAACCACUCAGGUGUUCGGACGCAGUUUACUCAAGUCCAUCUUCACAGUGACACGGCGCCAACUUCUAGAGAAAUUCAGAGUUGAAAAAGACAAACUGCUGCCUGAAAAACGCACACUCAUCCUCACUCACUUCCCCAAGUUUUUGUCGAUGCUUGAAGAGGAGAUCUAUGGAGAGAAUUCACCGAUCUGGGAGGCAGAUUUCAUCAUGCCAGCUUCAGAUGGGGCGCAACUCGGGCAAACAGGGAUCAGUGCCUCUGUUGUUUCUGGGUCCCCUGGGCUCGUGAAGGGUCUGAGCAGUGCCUCGUCUCUCUCCAGUCUGGAUGCAGGAGUUACAGAGACUAUCACAGGAGAGAAACGUAAACUUCCAGAGGCGCUGACACUGGAGGACGCCAAACGGAUCCGUGUGAUGGGAGACAUCCCAAUGGAGCUGGUGAAUGAAGUCAUGAUGACCAUCACUGACCCUGCUGCUAUGCUCGGACCAGAGACGAGCCUGUUGACUCCAAAUGCUGCCCGGGAUGAGACGGCACGGCUUGAGGAACGUCGUGGGAUCAUAGAGUUUCAUGUGAUCGGGAAUUCUCUGUCGCAGAAGUCCAAUAAGAAGAUCCUGAUGUGGCUGGUGGGGCUGCAGAACGUCUUUUCUCACCAGCUCCCCCGAAUGCCCAAAGAGUACAUCACACGACUGGUGUUUGACCCGAAGCACAAGACCCUGGCCCUCAUUAAAGAUGGCCGUGUCAUUGGAGGCGUCUGUUUCCGGAUGUUUCCCACUCAGGGUUUUACAGAGAUCGUCUUCUGUGCCGUGACCUCCAAUGAGCAAGUCAAGGGCUAUGGAACUCACCUGAUGAACCACCUCAAAGAAUACCACAUAAAACACAGCAUCCUCUACUUCCUCACGUAUGCGGACGAAUACGCCAUCGGAUACUUCAAGAAGCAGGGAUUUUCCAAAGACAUCAAAGUGCCCAAGAGCCGUUACCUUGGUUACAUCAAAGACUAUGAGGGCGCUACGCUAAUGGAGUGUGAGCUAAACCCCCGGAUCCCCUACACCGAGCUGUCCCACAUCAUCAAGAGGCAGAAGGAGAUCAUAAAGAAGCUGAUUGAGAGGAAGCAGAGUCAAAUCCGAAAGGUUUACCCUGGACUCACCUGCUUCAAAGAUGGAGUGCGGCAGAUUCCAGUGGAGAGCAUCCCAGGCAUCAGAGAAUCAGGCUGGAAACCGAGCAGCAAAGACAAAGGUAAAGAGGUGAAGGACCCAGACGUGCUGUACAACAUGUUAAAGAACCUGCUGGCCCAGAUAAAGACCCACCCUGAUGCCUGGCCUUUCAUGGAGCCAGUGAAGAAAUCAGAAGCUCCAGAUUACUACGAGAUCAUCCGCUUUCCCAUUGACUUGAAGACGAUGACGGAGCGCCUGAAGAACCGAUACUACGUGACUAAAAAACUGUUCAUCGCCGACCUGCAGCGCAUCAUCACAAACUGUCGCGAAUACAACCCCCCCGACAGCGAGUACUGCAAGUGUGCCAACACUCUGGAGAAGUUCUUUUACUUCAAACUCAAAGACGGAGGUCUCAUCGAGAAAUGAGCCCCCGUUUAAACACAGACUACACUCUUGAGUCCAUUUUGGAACCACGGAGGAGACGCAAGAAGAAGCAAUGCGCAAUUUUAAGUAUAGUAAAAUGUUAUAAGGGAACAGUUUGGAAAAAAAAAAAGAGUUGCACCAAUCAGGAAUAGCAUUAUGACCAUCACAGGUUCAUUAGACUGGUGUCUGCACAGGCCUCCUGCUGAGUGUAUGGUCUUUCAGGGUUCAUUUCACUGUCCUGGUCACAUUUGCAUGACACUUGAACUUCAAACCAGCAUUUUUUCAAAAAUUUUAACACAUUCCUGAUAAUAUAACGGUUACCAUAACAAGACUUUCUGUCAAUAUUACCCAGCUUUACAGGCACACAUAGUUUAUAAGUUGGAAGCAGGAACAUUUUAACUUGACAAUAAACAUUUUACUGAGGUUGAAGGGGUCAAAUUGGAAUUUCUGGGUCAGAGCAUCGCCAACUUUGCAGGUCUUGCGGAGUAUUCCUCGUCUGCAGUGGUCAGGAUCUAACAGUGGUGGUUCAGACCUGUUUUUUUCAAAAUUGAUCCAAGAAAAGAAGAGUGGUGAAGAGUAGGGCUAAAGACAUGUCUUGUUCGGUCGAUUAGUCAUUAAAAAAGGCUGAAUGGAAAAAGCUCUCAAAACUAUUAUGUGUCUCUAUGUAUCUGACCCAAAUUGCACCGGUACAGGAGCUCAUGCAAGAACAACUAUUUGAUACAGAAAUAAAGUUUAAUCUGCCUUUUUACAUAUAAAUACUAAAAAUACUAAAUCAUCAGCUCACUCACGAACACUUCUGUUCUGCUGCUGUCCCAUAUAAAUCCUUGUAGUUACAGGUUUGCAGGUGGUCGUAAUGUUAUCUCUUCUUGGUGUUUAAAAAGAGUUUGUUGCAAGCAUCACCUUCUCCCUUUUUCACGUUUGACAAUAAAUGUCUCAUUAAAUGUACCAAAGUUUAAGGUCCAAGUGAAGCCAGUGCUCAAGUUGGUUAACAGUCAAGUUCAUUCCUGUUUAGUCCCUCACAAAAGUUACAAAUAUUUAGAAUUUAGAUCAGAAAACUGCACCUCGGGACCUAAGCCAUGUUGCCUUUGUUUCCGAUCAACACUUGAACGCCACACACGUUUAUGUCUUUAAUAUGAGUUGAUUUGUACAGAUAGAAAAAGAAACCUACAAGACUGCUUGGUUUGGUUGUGAGAAAAUGUACUUAAAGGCGUUGUACCUGAUUUUUACCGUCUUAAAAACAUGAAACGCAGAACUGGUUAAUUUUAAAUAGUUUGUCGUGGUCCAACGCUAUUCACUUACCUUAUGCAUUCUGAGCAUCCUAAUUAUUCACCACGAUGAGUUUACAAGCGCUUCUCACAACUUUCAGAGACCAGAGCGGAAUUUCGCCGUCACUGUAACAACACAAGCAACUAGCAUGCUAACAGUGCACUUCUUGACAUUACCGGACAUUACAAUGGUUUGCAGAGGUCCAAAGCUAUUCUUCACUUACCUUAUGCAUUCUGAACAUCAUAAUUAUUCACCACGAUGAGUUUACGACUUUCCACAAUUUUUAGAGACCAGAGCGGAGUUUUUCCGUCACUGUGAUGCUAACAACUAGCAUGCUAACAGUGCAUCUCUUGGUUAUCGGGCAAUAAAAUGCUUUAUAAUUAGAUGCAGGCAGUACACAGUGGACUUAUUCUGACCUCAAGAGCUGCUUAUACAAUAUAUGUGUACUGUAGAGACACAUUUUGCACAGAUACUUGGGAAAAAAUCAGGUACAGGGCCUUUAAAAAUCUACAUCUAACUAAAAGAAUCCCAUUAUUGGCUGCAACUUUGCAUUGUAUUUGAUAUUUAUUACCACUGUUUGUCUGAAAAAUAAACAUGUAUUUGUUAGCUAUCAAUGGG